AUGAGGCUGGGCCCGAUUAUCCUAUCGUGGGCCACGGCCACGGCCGGCUGGCUGGGCCCGUCGAGCGGAAUCACGGCGACGGCGACGAGGGCCCCGCGCUCUCGGGACUACGAGCUCUCGACGGAGUUCUUCCUGGUGCCGUCCGAUAUCGGACACGGCCUGGCGAGCGUGGCGAGCGUCAUCAGCGUGCCGGCACCGAACCGGACCAUCACCGUCUUCAGGACACCGCCGGGCGUGAGGAAGAGCCAGGAGGUGGAUAUGCGACCGACCCCGAAGUCCUUGCUGAAGCAACGACCCUGGGCGCUGCCGCUCGCCGGGCUCAGCGCCGCGGCGAUGCUCCUCAUGGCCGGCUUCGAGGUCUUCGUGCUGUUCAAGGCUAGAGCAACGGCACCGAACAGACGACACUUGUUUCUGGGCCAGGCGUUGCUUCUGGGCCUCUUCCUCCUGGCGGGUCUCUCCGCCGCGGCCUCUCUCAGCCAAAAUCCGCUGUCCUGCGCCGCUUUCCGGUUGGUGGGUCUCCCCGCCGCCCUCGUGUUCGCCGCUCUGCUGGUCAAAUGCGUUUUCCUGUUGUCGUUGAACAGCGGCGUGUACCUGCCGGCGCCCUAUCAGGCGCUGGUGCUGGUGUUCGCGGUGUUGGUGCAGGUGGCCAUUGUCGGGCAAUGGUUUUACGGCGAACCACCUGCGGUGAUCCAGGUGCAGCAGCAGCAGCAGCAGCAGCAGCAGCAGCAACAAGCGACGGGCCAAAGCUCGCCAGCGUCCAUCACCUCCUGCAGGACCCCGCUCGGACAGAUAGUGGCUUCCCUCGGGUAUCCCGGGGCGCUAUUGGUGGCAGUGGCAUGUCUAGCGGUCCGUGCGCGAGGUGUCCGGGACAAUAAUCGGGAGGCGGCCUUCAUCGGCCUGGCGGUCGGCCUCUCGCUGCCGAUCUGGAUCUCCAGCGGGAUCGGCACGCUCGCGGCCGGCAGCGAGGGCGACCGGGAGGCCUGGCUGGCCUACGGCCUGCUCGCCACGUCGCUCUUCGUCUUCCUCACGAUGUUUCUGCCGAAGGGACGCCAGCUGGCCGCCCUGGGCCGCGAAGGGCCCGCCGCGGUCAUUCGCGAUCGCGACGACGCCCUCAGCUCCCUCCCCGGCAGCGGCUACUCGCCCUCCUUCUUUCACUUCAAGCCCGCGGAGGCGUCCCUGAAGAGAAAGAUGCAUUACCACAGUGCCGAUCGAGUCGCACUGGUCUCGUCCGGGAUACCCGGAUGCAGCGCCUGCAGGCACGGAGGAAGUCCCAUAUACUCGGACGAUGUGCAUGGACCGAUGGAGACAUUCGUUUUGCCACCCGGUAUGUACCUGAGGCCGGAGGAUGCCGGGAAUCUCUACACGACCUUGUCGGCCAAUCCCAACGUGUUCUUCCAAAGGGCUGCCCAUCCCGGGAUGAUGUACUGAGGCGGACGCUCCUCGACGACCGCAGGGGCCCCGUGUGUGCGCGUCGCGUCUACGAGAUUAGAUUACGGGCCGCUGAUUGUUGAUCUCUCGUCACUGUAAAUAAUCGUCGUUAUCAGAGAACUCGGUGAACGAUUCUCUACGUACUUGCUCGUAGCUCCGGACGUUCGUCCGGCCGGGAGUAUCCCGCCGGAGAGACGCGUGUAUGCGCGCGAUCAAUUGCGGAUCGCCGCGAGCGAUGAAUGUGAGCCUGCGUGCUGCGAAUCACCGAUACGCGAGGGAUUCGAGCUGGAAGGCGCGCGCGCGCGCGCGCGCCUCCGGAGUAACGCAAUAAAUGUUACGACAGAUUUCAUUUUUUAUAUGCGAGAAACGUCAUUUCCCACUCGUCUUCGACUGCUCGCGCGCGGACGCGCUCUCCCCCGACGACACGCCGGCUUGCCCGCGCGGCGCACGAUAUUUGUAAGAUAUGUGCGAAAUAUUUUCAAGAUUUAUAAAUAGAGGAAGGUCCUCUGUUACGAGAUAGGACCCUGGUAUGGAAAAUUUUAAGCGAGGGACGACGUUUAUAUUUAUUUACGGAGAGUUUUAUCGACAGUUACGUUGUUUGUGAAGAGUUUUGCUGAUGGUUACGUCGUUCCCUGGUGAAAAUAGAAUUUGGAGCGUAAAUCGAGUGUAAGGGGAGAGUGACAGAAGCGCAAACGAAAUGUAGGAAGCGUAAUUUGGAACAGCAAAGCGUAAAAGCAGCGUUGAAGUUUCUUUUACGCUUCGCUGUCUCAAAUUGCGCUUCCCACACUUUUCGUUUACGCUUCUGUCACUCUCUCCUUACAUUCGAUUUACCCUCCAAUUUUUAUUUUCACCAGGGUUUGGAAGUACGUUGCAAACACCUGGUUAAUUCUCGACCGACAAUAACAUUUUGCAAACAGUUCGGGCCAGUUUCACAAACAUCGGUUAACUGUUGACUGGAGUUCGGUCGACUCCCCUAUCUUUUUCCAUCUUAUUAUUUAAGAAGAGACGGAGGGCGAGAAGCCGACUCGUCGCGGACGACUUGGACUCCGCGAUUAGUCCAACCGGCGAUCGAUUCGAUCGAAAUCGCCUAUAAUUUGCCGUCCCCGGUCCCUCUCUCCGUCCGUCAAGAAGUUAACGAUUCUACGCGCGCUAACAAGACAGUACGGGGAUUCUGUAACUUGCUAUCGAGAUUUUUCGAUAACGUUAACUAGGAGCGGCCAAUGAAAAUCUGCGCCUUUCUCGAAGAUCGUUCUCGCCAUUGGCU